AAGAGACGUUACCAUUUUUUGAAAUCAUUACAACACGCGCAAAUUGGUACACCACCUCGAAGCUAUCAGAAUCAGUUAUUCCGUUGCAAAUCUUUCCCAAACAAACUAACAGUAACAGACCUUUGUUCCGGACCUCCGAAUGGCGGAGACGCCGACGACGGCGUCGGUGAUCAACACCGAGAUCAGCACUGCGCCGUUACUCACUCAGCAGAGCACACACGAAUCACUGUUUGGAGCUAGAACCUUAACGACACUCUCCAUUUUCUUCGGUCUUUUAUCUGGGCGUCGUGGAGACUCGUUGAAAGUGCGUGAGAGUGCAGCGCAGCAGUUGGAGAACCGGCGAGAUGAUUGGGGCUACUCGUUGCCGGUUGUUGCUAUAGACACGACGUGGAACCUUGCCGUCGUGGUGGUUUCGAUAGCUAUGCUGUUUUGGACUGCGCGGGAACAACCGAAUAUGCCGGUUAGGGCUUGGAUCUGCGUUUACGCGCUGCAAUGUGUGAUGCAUGUAGUCCUAUUGUGGUUGGAGUAUAGAAGGAGGAAUCUGAGGGCAGCGACGGCUAGCAGUGAUCCGAGCAAUAGAGAUCGAAUCAGCUUUGGGAAUUCCAGCGCUUUUGAUGUAACGAGUGCUGAGAAAAUAUGGGAAACUUUUAAUAAGAUUUUCCAAUAUCUUUGGUGGCUGGUUGCCUUCUGUUGGCUGAUUCCCAAUUUUGAAAUGCAUAGUGCUCCACAUCUGUUCUGGUUGACUCUGACAUUCAUGGUCAUUGACGUGUUCUUGGCUGCCAUUGGUUUUCUUCUUAAGGGAGUGAUAACAGGGCUUGCUGUUUCUUUUUGCUUACCUUGCGUCUUGUCCUUUCUUGAUUUCAUGGGUUGCCAGGGAGGUGCAUCAGAAGCAGAGAUCAGUGUCCUUCCUAAAUACAGAUUUGUAGUGCACACUGAUAAUGGGGGUAGAAUGGUCCCUUUUGAAACAAAUGAUCCGGAUUUUUCUCGUGUACAUGUUCUUCCAAUCGAGGAAGAGGAUUGCUGUAUAUGUCUGUAUCCAUAUGAAGAUGGAACAAAGCUUCAUUUGCUUCCAUGCAACCAUCACUUCCAUGUGAAAUGCAUCUUGAAAUGGCUCAAGAUAACUCCCACGUGUCCACUCUGCAACCACACCAUCUGCCAACGUGUACAACACUGAAAGCCCUCACAAUUUCAUAUCAAUAAGUGUACAGGAAAAAUCAUGUAUGGAAAUAUGAUAGCUUUUCUUUUACUAACAAAAUAAUAAUGUACACCAUUGUUUUGUUUGCUAUAAAUCUUUUGUAAAAGUCUUGGAACGGAUACCUUGUUCUAUGAGAGGUUAUAUGGAUCAAAUGAG